AUGGAAGUCGAGCCACAGAUUGCCCAGGUCGCCCAGACGAUCAAGACGAUCGAUCUUGCUGAAGAUGAUGCCGAAGACGUCGACUUUGUCGUCCCAGACGAGGAUUUGGAGCUUGCUGAUGAAUCAUCCGCUGAUGAAUCUUCCGACGAAGAAGGGGAAAACGAGGGCGAGAAAGGAUCCCUCGAAGUUGUUGAGGAAGACUUCUGCGUCGAAAUCGUCAACGGCGAGUUCAAAAAACUGAAGUUCAACCAGGACCAGCACAUGGAGGGCGAUUCACAGGAGGAAGCUGACUCCCAAGAAGAGGACAACGAAGGCAUCACCCUGAAAUCCCUCGAGGCCGAUCUUCCCGACGAAGACGAAGAAGCCGAUCCCAACUUUGAUCCAUGCGCGGAAACCCUCAGCGAUGUCGAAAUUGACGCUGAAGAAGUCACCCAAGACGACCCGAUGGAGACUGAAAACGUCGAAGGAGUCCACAAAAAGACCGGCGAAAUCCUCAGAUGCAUCAAAAUCAACGAGGACGAGAUGAAAGUGAUGACGGGCGAAGACAACAAGGAGGAAAGCGAAGAAAUGAAAGAGUAA